CCCUCCACUAUGGUGAGGUCCCCGGAUCACGUGGGUUUGUUAUUGCAGGAAGUGAAGAUGGCGGACCAGUCGUUUCUCUCCGAGUCUAUGCUCGGGUGGUCUAUUUUCACUUUUAUACUUAUGGUAAUCCUGACUUUUUGUUGGUUCUACAUUCGGAAAUUUCAAAGUCGUCAGGAGAGUGAAGUUGUUUCAACUAUCACAGCAAUAUGUGCCCUGGCCAUUGCUUUGAUAACCUCUGCACUUCUCCCCGUCGACAUAUUCCUUGUUUCAUUUAUGAAGUACCCCAAUGGUACCUAUAAGGAUUGGGCAGCUAACAAUGAGACAAGAGGGCACAUUGAAGACACUGUGCUGUAUGGAUAUUACACACUCUACUCCAUCAUACUCUUCUGCGUCUUCCUAUGGAUCCCUUUUGUGUAUUUCUACUAUGAAGAAAGGGAGGACGACAACAUGAACAAAUGCUCGCAAGUGAAAAACGCUCUGAAAUACACAGUUGGAUUUGCCAUUGUCUGCGUGGUGCUCCUUUUAAUUGGAGCCUUCGUACCACUUGAGCCCCCACCUGGUCAGAAUUCCACCCAAUGGGAGAAAGUACAAUACCUUUUUGAAGAGCUUGGGAGUAGCCAUGGUCUACCUGCUCUCUCUUUCUCCAUCAGCUCCUUGACCUUGAUUGGCAUGUUGGCAGUGAUCACUUACACGGCUUACGGUAUGUCUGUCCUGCCUUUGAAUCUGAUAAAAGGCACACGGAGUGUGGUGUACGAACGCCUGGAGAACACAGAGGACAUUGAUGAUGUCGAGCAUCAGAUAGAAAAGCUGAAAUCCAAGUGUCAAGAUGGACGUCCUCUCUCAUCAAGGGACAGAACAAACCUGGAGGAGUUGGAGGGCAAACUGCAGGUCCUCCGGCGCAGGGGGAGACACCUUGAAAUUGCAGAGAGGAAUUGCUGCACUAAAGUGGGCAGUGCUCUCAGACCUUUAAAGAUAAUGCUGGGCAUUUUCUUUAUUCUGGUUGCACUGCUGUUCACUGUCGCCUUAUUCAUUUCAAAUUUGGAUAAAGCUCUCCACUCUGCUGGCAUCAGCUCUGGGUUCAUAAUAUUCGGCACCAACAUUACCAAUCCUCUGAAUGAACUUCUAUUAGUAUUACAGCCCGUUUUCCCGCUGGAUUACAUCCUGAUCACCAUCAUCACCAUGUACUUUGUAGUCACCUCCAUGGCUGGCAUUCGCAACAUGGGCAUCUGGUUUUUCUGGAUAAGGCUGUACAAAAUAAGACCCAAGAAAACUCGCCCCCAGGCUCUCCUCUUCCUCUGUAUGAUUCUUCUCUUGAUAGUCCUUCACACCAGCUACAUGAUCUACAGCCUCGCCCCACAGUACGUCAUGUAUGGCAGCCAGAAAUAUCUCGUACAGAUGCCCUCAGCAGGUCCUGCACCAGGGAACGGCACCACCAGGAUCUGUGAUGCUGAUGCGCCCGAGGACCAGUGCACUGUGACAAGAUCCUAUCUGUUCCUCCAUAAGUUCUGGUUCUUCAGCACCAUCUACUACUUUGGUAACUGGGCCUUUAUUGGGGCUUUCCUCAUCGGUCUGGCGGUGUCCUGCUGCAGAGGGAAGAAGUCUGUGAUCGAAGGAGAGGUCGAGGCCGACGACUCCGACUUUAGUGAUGAUGAAUAUGUGCACUAAUAAUCAGUCAAUAUUCCCCACAUCACUUAAGGGGACUAGAAAGUGCAAUUUAAAAAAACAAAUAAAUGGACGUCAGUGAUUUGUCAUAAUUUAAUAUAUUGCUUUUAAAGAGAUAUUUUAGUGACGUCUUGUGGACUCUAGACAUGUGUUGAGGAUGAGACCACUGAGACUGAUUAUUGCGUCUUAUUUGGUCAAUUUUAUUAAUAACUUUGGGAUUCUGGGAGUGUCCUCCAACUUACUCCUACCUUGAGACUUCACUUGACUUGCACAAUGACACAAAUGUUUGGUUUUUUUUAUCAUCAAAAUACUUUUAACCUUCUCAAAGCACUUUCUAGGCCCUUUAAAUUGUUACUUUUUGACCACCUUACCCAUCUUUAGUUGGCUGUAAUAUACAUUUUAAGACAGAAUACAUUUUAAGAUAAACUGUUCUGUGAUUGUUUUUCUGCAAAGUUAAUUGGUAAAAAAAAAAAAAGUGUUGACAGAAGUAACAUUUUCAAACUUAGUUUUGCUCGUUUUGUCUGGGGUUAAAUUCAGUGCUUUGGUUUGCUGUUUCUUUUUGUCUGCAUUUAGUCAUUUGCUAUCUCAGACCAUUAUUUGGACAAAUGUUACUGUACCUGUACCUGCACUUUGUAAAAUAUAAAGGACCAAUCUCAAAAGUUUUUAGUUAUUCUUGAUUUUGAAUGAAAUUGGUCCAACAGGUUUUUGCUGUCUGUCUUGAAAGAACAUGAGGAAAGUAUGCAAAUCAUAAUUUACACAUAGAUAAAUCGAAUAAGGAUGUGAUUUUAUUUAAUUAGGGAUGGCUUUUAGAGUUGAUCAACAGCAGACUUUUGGCAACUAUAAAAGGCUUUUCUUUCCAGCUAUGAUUAAUUUCUUUUCAGUGUAUUUAGAAGUGUGAAAAUGAACAAGUUCCAUUAACGAAUUGUCAGAACAUAUUUAUAUGGAAACCAAAUACCUGUGCCUCAUGAAUGUAUAGCAACAUGAUGGGCACACACUGCGGUACGUGUUCGUGCUACUACUAGCCUGAAUCUAAUGAGUUUGGUUUUUGAUUUGAGAUAAAGUCUGUUCACCUGCAGUUACAAAUGUGGUUACACAACGACAACAAAGACUGCACCACUUCGUCUCGACUGUGAUAAGAUUGCUCUUGUGUCGAUAUUGAAUGAUACCUGUAUUUAAAAAAAAUAAAACCGUUUAAACAAAAGACUGUAUUCUUAAAUACAUAGUGGCCAAUAAAUGAUAAUAUGUUGUAA